CGUGAUGGUAGUCACCCAGGUGCUCCCAGUAGCUGUCAACGUGUUGCAGCCGCCAUCACUGCUUGGAGGACACAGGUUCAGGAAGGGACAUCCCCUGGCGCUCGGGACCGUUCAGAUCAUGAUUGGCGUAUUGACGCUGCUGUUUGGGAUCGCAACGGCUGUCUACAAACCUUCACUGGGACUUUUCAGUGGGAUCUUUGUUUGGGGAGCUUUGAUUUACAUCGCAUCUGGAUCUGUGACGGUGGCUGCUGAGAAGUAUAUGAGCCAUUGUCUGGUAAAAACUUCCCUGGCGUUCAACAUUAUUUCAGUAAUUGUUGCUCUGACUGGUUUUGCCAUCUAUGCACUGGAUUCUGCAGACUAUGGCUACUACUAUGACUACUACGACCAAUACGACCCCGACAGCCCGUAUGAUCAGGAUUACGGUGGCUAUUCGGUCGUGGUGGCUGUGUUCCAGAUCCUGGAGUUCUUUGUUUCAAUCACUGUGGCAGGAUACGCCUGUCAUGCAACCUUCUCCUGCUGCUGCAGCUGCACGGAGCGGCCACAAGUCUUUGUUCAAACUGUCGACGGAUCAGUCACCACUCAGGCUCCGCCCCAUUUCCAAGCAGCAUCUGUUGCCUCCACUCAGCUAUACCCUCAGGUGGCACCCAACUUUAAAAACCCAAUGGAUCUGGGUUCUGCUGAGCCUCCAGCUUACUAACUGAACUGCUCUGCACACAUCGACUCC